AUGAGCGACAUUGACGAGUACGAUGGAGGAGACGAUCUGGGCCGGAUGCCGUCGAGCAGCCAGGACAUCCACGCGCAACUGCAGGCCGCGGCAACGCCUCUCGAAUUCCAGGCGACGCUCGAGACCAAGUUCGCGAGUUACGACAACUACUGCAACCUCUUCCACUACAUUCUGAACUCGGAAGGCCCUGUAGAUCUCGAGGUGCCAAAUUACUACUGGGCGUGGGAUGUCAUCGACGAGUUCAUCUACCAGUUUAACAGCUUCUGCAGCUACCGCCAAAAGGUCGCCCUGAAGAACGACAACGAGGAGGAGAUACAGCUUCUGCGGGACAACCCGAACACAUGGGGCUGCUACAGCGUGCUCAACGUGCUAUACUCCCUGAUCCAGCGGUCACAGAUCAGUGAGCAGCUAGCAGCCAUGAAACGUGGGGAGGACUCGAACCUGUACGCUGGAGACUACGGCUCGCGGCCACUGUACAAGAUGCUGGGGUACUUCUCCAUCAUUGGUCUUCUCCGCGUCCACUGCCUGCUUGGAGACUUCAGCCUGGCGCUCAAGACACUUGACGACAUUGAGCUCAACAAGAAGGCCAUGUUUGCGCGCGUCAUGGCCGCUCACUUCACGACGUACUACUACGUCGGUUUCUCUUACAUGAUGAUGCGACGAUACUCCGAUGCCAUCCGCAUGUUCAGCCAUAUCCUGGUCUACGUCUCCAGGACCAAGAACUUCCAGAAGAACGCCCAGUACGACUCGAUCACGAAGAAGAACGAUCAGAUGUACGCGCUCGUUGCCAUUUGCGUGGCUUUCCAACCCACAAGACUCGACGACACUAUCCACACCGCUCUCCGCGAGAAGUACGGCGAGCAGUUCAAUAAGUUGCAACGCGGUGGACCCGAGUCUCUGCCGUUGUUCGAGGAGCUCUUCCGCACCGCCUGCCCUAAGUUCAUCAGCCCAACUCCUCCUGACUUUGACAACCCAGAGGUUAACAUAGACCCUGUUGAGCACCACCUCCGCAUCUUCAUGGACGAGGUCAAGAACAACAUGAUGUCACCCACCGUCAAGAGUUACCUUAAGCUCUACACCACCAUGGACUUGAAGAAGCUCGCUGGAUUCCUGGAAGUUGAGCCAGAGAAGCUCAGGUGCUGGUUACUCGUCAACAAGCAGAGGAACAGGCAGAUAAGGUGGACCGAGGGUGGACUGCUAGAUGGCGAGAUUAUUCACAGCAGCGACCUCGAUUAUGCCAUGGAAGGAGACCUCAUCCAUGUCUCUGAGGCAAAGGUGGGCAGGAGACUGGUAGAUUGGUACCUUCGUAACUUGGCACGCACGUACUAG